CUGGUUAGAACUUAGAAGAAUGCACAUAUGAAUUUUUUUACAAAAAAAAAAAGAAUGCACAUAUGAAAUAGUUAAAAAAAAAAGAAUACACACACACGAAACCAUCUUGUUUCUAUUCAUGUUUACGUGGAGCAAAACUGGCCAGCUAAAACGGUGAAACUCAAAUAUCUUCUUUUUUUGUUCCUGGACCCGAUUCCAUCCUCCAUAAUUCAUAUAUUAUAGCCAAAAACCAUUAUAUAGUAUAUAUUAUUUUACUGUGUUAAAAAAAGUAUAUUUUAUUUUACUUUCUAUUAUUUUUUAGUAAUAUGAAAAAGCCAAAAAAAAAAGAGAUUGUGAACGAAUAUUAAUACAAGCCCACUUCACAUCUAUUUUUGUGCAACCCUCUUUUCUAAAGCUAGCUUCUCUCUAACAAUGGAAACACAUCUCAACAUAGAGAAGAGUGCUUCUCAAGUUACCUUAACCUCCUCCGCUAUCUUCGCCGUAUCAUCUUCCUCCUCCUCCUCUUCCACCGCCUCAUUGUCCUCACCUACAACAUCUUCCUCUUCUUCAUCAAUAACUUUGAAUUUCUCUGAGGAUACCAACUCUAAAAGAAAAGCAUCUCGAAGAUCAUUACCCGUUCUAGAAGAUGAUGAAAACGUCGUGAAACAGCGAAAGACCAGCGGCGGAGAUAAGCAUCCGACGUAUAGAGGAGUGCGGAUGAGGAGUUGGGGCAAAUGGGUGUCUGAGAUCAGAGAGCCGAGGAAGAAAUCAAGAAUCUGGCUCGGAACUUAUCCAACGGCUGAUAUGGCUGCUCGAGCUCAUGAUGUGGCGGCUUUAGCCAUUAAAGGUACAGCGGCUUAUCUUAAUUUUCCUGAAUUAUCCGGCGAGCUUCCUCGUCCGGUCACGAACUCUCCUAAAGAUAUUCAAGCCGCUGCCACAGCCGCCGCCGUAAAUUGGCAAGACUCCGAUGUAGCUGCAUUAGAAGAAGCCGAACCGAGUCGAGAAGUGAUGGCUCAGUCUUUGUCAGGUAGUGUGGUGUUUUCUUCGGACAUUACAACUCGAGAGAUGUCGGAAACUUCGUGUGCGGACAAAGAGAGCGACGAAGAGAAGCUGUUUGAUUUGCCGGAUUUGUUUAAUGAUGAGAUGAUGAUACGAGACGAUGCGUUUUGUUAUUACUCGUCCACAUGGCAGCUUUGUGGAGCUGAUGUUGAUGAGCCGAGUUACUUUUUCAAUGACCUAAAUCACACUCCAGCUCACUCUUUAACACCUAAUUAAUCUAUCCUGCUUUUUCAUUUCACUAUUUACGUUUGUUUUUCUUGUUUAUUUUUUUCUUUCAAAUUGAGUAUCAGUGAUUUUUUUUGGUAAAGAAAUGGGUUCAUUUUGAUUUGUUUAGCAAAUGUGUUUGAUGAAUAUUUUUGUAAUAUAAAUGUGGUGAGAACAUAUUCUGAAUAAAGAAAAAAUAGGAACAAAACCAAGUUGUUUGUUGACAAAAAACAAUAACAAGUU